UCUUGAUAAAGUCUGGCAUCUAAGAGCGUAUUUUCUCGUUUCUGCGUCUGUUUGUCCGCAUCCAAACGAAGCAGAGGGCGCUUCCUCCGCUUAAUGAAAAGGACAAUUCAGACAAAGUUUCAGUGCACACCUAGCGUGGUGCUAGUAGCGCCCUCUAGUGGAGAACAAACCCUUAUUUGCUCUCUAAAGCCAACGUCUGUACGUCGUAUAGAGCAAUGAUAAGGAAACCGCACUUGUUUGGGCUUGUUGCUCUAGUUUACUAGAGGUCCUUGCUAUCUCAAGGCAAGCAUUCAAAGUUCUGCUGAUUCCACAGUUUUAAGAGUCCUCAACAUGACCCUUGAUGUGCCAAUGUCAUGCUGGAUCACCUGAACACCUAUGAGAGAGCCAAAUACAGCGUCCGAAUUUCACCCUUGAACUCGAUGCCAACCCGAUGGGAAUCCCCUCCUGGCAUUUGCUCCGAUUCCCGAGCUCAAGAAUGCUUCUCACUCAUUGUUGGCUUAAGUGUCUUCAUUUGCUUACUAUGUCUACUCUGUAUUUCUGCCAUCCAUUACUAUUGCUCCCUUAAACGCCAAGAGAAAUGUCAUCAAAGCCGCCGCAGUCAAGAACAAGUGAACAGUGAGCAAAUCUUCGAGGAUGUGGUGGCCACUCCUGGAUCGGUCCCUACCACACCCUACUUGGUUUAACCAUGAAUUUUAUACUUAUUAACUAAAACUCAACCUCCUGUGAUGACAUGACACUAGUGCCCAUACAUGACCCCGUGAGAAGACUUUAUUACUAAUAAAUAGGCCUGGCCAAAAUAUGCAGA